UGAGUCGGAAAUAAUCGAAUGACUGCCGCGCAUGCGUGAAUAAAACAUGCUUCCGGUGUAAUAAUGUCACCGUGGAAGGAGAGAAUGAGAAAAAGAUGAACAUAAUGGCCACACCAUGGAGGAUGGCCUACAUGUUGGCCACCAAACUGGCCCCUUUCCCAGGACCUGUUUGUCGCCAUGCCAGUCGAGACACAUACAGAAGGAUGUCGCCGAGGUAUUUUGAUUCACAUUCAAAACAGAAACAACAGGAAGACAUGUUUGAAGAUGACCAUGAUAUGGAUGCAGUAGAUGCCAAACUGAACUCCAUUAUUAGUGAAGAGAAGAGAAAGCAUAAAGCAGCAAAGUUUCACAUAAUCAAGAGGCAAAUGAACAAUCCUGGAGACCCAGAGAGAAAACUCACCUGGGAUGCCAUUGAACAGAUAAGGUACUUAAAGCAGGAGUCCCCAGAGGAAUGGACACUACAGAGAUUAGCAGAGGGUUUCUCUGUAAGCCCUGAUGUCAUCUCCAAAGUCCUCCGCAGCAAAUUCACCCCAACAGUUGUCCGAAAGCUAAAGCAGGACUCUAAAGUGUUAGUCAGUACAGGGCAGCAGUCUCUCAGAGAUGGCAAAACUGAACAGUCCAGACUGCCAAAGAGUGCAACACCAGCAAUACUCUCCUCUGGAAAAACAGGUGCCCUGACAACACAGAGUAAAACAGCCCUGGCAGUGAGGGAGGGCGAGACUGGACUGACGCCCUCUGGUGGAAACGCUGUACCAUCUCAAGUACUGUCAGCUGUACACAGACAGACACCUGCUUUGCAGGAGCAGACUGACUCUUCAGAGAAAAUGGGCAUGAGAGAUGAUAUCGAGUUCGAGGAGGAGGAAGAAGAGUGGGAUGGAGUGAUCCUGACAGAGGAAGAGCUCGAGCACAUCGCACAGACGCUGCUGAAAACCCCCAGUUCAGUGAAACAAAAGGGAAGUGAUUUUUUUGACAACGAAGGCAACUUCCUGUACAGAAUUUGAGUGGCUGCCAAGUCCUCCAUGUUUAUCAAGACACUUUUUUGCUAAAGUCUAGGCCUGUUCUUUUAUGAUUGAAAAACUUAUUUAAUUGGAAGGAACUUUGUCACAGUUAUUGUACACUUUUGCACAUUGCAUAUUUUAUCACAUUUGCUUUUUUACUCUUAUGAGCAAUACAUAUACACAAUCUGUGGGGCAAAUCAAUUUAUUUCUCAAUCAAACAGUUCCAAAUAUACAGAGCAAAAAAUACAACAGAUACAAAGUCAGAAUUGCUGUAUAUACAGAACUUCACAACUAAUAUGUACAUUGAUUUUGCACUGCAAGAAAGACAUUACCUCAUGUAAAUAAAAUCAGCCACAAUGGAAAUCAUUUAGCUUCAGAUUUCAUUUACAUUGCAUCUAUUAUUAUUAUUUUUAUUAUUCCCAAGCAUGGAGAGCAACCCAAUUUAGCAAGACAAGUAUUAACUAAUUUAUGGGGCAUGUUUGUUUUUAUUUUAUUGUAUAAAAUUUAUACUCACAAAAUAUUUUAUCAUAGUUUGUCAAAGACCAUGUUCUAAUGAACUGUGGUAAUUCUUCAUAAAUGAGAUUGUUUUCGUUUUUUGAAUUAAUCUAUAUUUAACUGGAAGGCACAAGCUCUGCCUCCAUGCUAGG